GCUUUUGCCCAAGUUCCGGACCUGACCCUUUGGUACGGACCAGACACGUACAUGGGAGCGAACCUGGUCGAGAUGCUUCAGCAGCUCUCCACCGUACCUGACGAUGAGGUUCGGUUGCUUCACCCAGACCACACCCAAGCCUCGCUCUGCGCGCUCCUGCCCCGGAUUAGAUACUUCCAGGAAGGUGCCUGCAUUGUCCAUGACAUGUUCGGGCAAGAGGUUGUUUCGCGGCUCCGGGCGGCAUACUCCGACUCUUUCCACACCGCACAUUUCGAGGUGCCCGGGGAAAUGUUUGCAUUGGCAAUGGAGGCGCGUGCAAGGGGCCGCGGCACUGUUGGGUCAACGCAAAACAUUCUGGAUUUCGUAACUGCCCGAACGAGGGAGGCGUUGGAGAGGGGUUACGAAGGGGAGAGGUUACAGUUUGUUCUUGGGACGGAGACAGGGAUGGUUACCAGUAUUGUGCAAGCGGUGCAGGACGAAUUGGCGAAGGUUGAGAGCGGUUCUGAUGGUGCCGCUGAUGUGGAAGUAGAGAUAGUGUUUCCUGUAGACAGCUCAGCAGUUGCUUCUACUAAGGAGGAUGUGGGAAACAACAGCAGCAGUGGCAGUGGGGGCAACGGCAAGGCAGCAGGGUCAGUGGCAGCAGCGAUGCUGCCAGUGGUGCCAGGCGUGAAAGGCGGGGAGGGGUGCUCUGUUACUGGGGGCUGUGCAUCGUGCCCCUACAUGAAGAUGAACUCCCUAGACGCCCUCAUGUCUGUGUGCCACAUGCUGGGUCAAGACGAUGCUCGUACGCGCCUGGCACCCUACGAGCCUGACAAGUUCGCCGAGCCUCUUGGUCCGGGCACGGUGGCGGACCUGGGCUACUUGCCGAUCCUCCACAUGAGGCAUUUCCAGAAAACGGGGCGAUUGUCUGAAGAGUUGGUUGCCGACAUAUUGACAAGGAGCCAGAGUCAGCAUGAGUAG